AUGAGAGGCGUGGCGGCUGGUGCUGGCGGUGCUGGUAGGCCGCUGGUCGGUGUUAGCUCUGCUCUUCGCCGCCUAUCACGAAACGGACUCUCAGAGCCGCCUGCCCUAUCUCCGGCCGCCGACUAAGCUGUCCGAGUGGACCGUGUUGCGACUGCUCUCAAACAGUCGAAGCUCCUUCGCCCCGAGCACACAACCGCUGGUCAGUUAUCAGACGGAUCUGUUGGCUCACGCCGUGCCAUUGUCCUCAAACACCGGAAAAACUGCAUGUUACAGAGAUAGUUCCUAUAAAUGGAUACGGUACGCUUGAAGAAGUUUUCUGAAGUCUUAGAAGACGUUCGGCGUAUUACAUAUAGAAGAUAGUGUCGAGAAGCACUGUUUCUUCAUAAAUAUUCAAAUAUUCUUAGUAAGUCUGAUUUUUAGAGUAAAUCAAUGAUAAUAUCGAAGAAAGUUCAGUUCUCCUGCUUUUUUAUCAUGAGAAUAUGAACUGUUGUGAGUAGAGAGAAGCAAGGCCGAUUUCCGAAAAAGACGGGUAAAAUAACCGCUUCGCGACCGCAUCGCCCGCGACGUUUUGUGAACUUAUUACUUUGGAUAGAGAAAACGGUCAGACGAAUUCCGGUCGAAACUAUUGGCAAGCAAAAAUCAAAGCUCGAAAAAAGAUAUACCGGAAAUUCUUUCUUUUUCUUUUUGACAUUAUCGUCUCUUUGAGACUUGUUAAAAUAGUUCAAUUUUCGAUUCAGAGUUUACAUUUUAAUUCGAUUAACAUUGAAGCGAUGACCUGAAAUGAAAUAAUGAGAGGGAGAAAGAAAGAAAAACCUAGAGCAGAUCAAAAAGUGUAUAAUUUGUGUAAAAAGCGGCGGCUAGAGGUCGGAGGGCGACAAUGGUCUUAAACACUUAAGAUGGCGGAGAGGACGGUAAAGCGAAAGUGGCGGUCAACGUCUCUUUAUAGCCCGAGGAAGGACAGGCUCCACCUGAAAUAGAGAGGGCUCGCGGAGAUUCCGGUUUGUGAGGACGACGGCUUGGCCUCUCCAGACGGCAUGCCCAAGGUUCAGGUCGUAAGCCGGAAAACGUGUGCUUUUCAAAGCCAAAUAAACGUGUCGAGGACUUUUCUCGAUUUUCCAGCGGUUUCUUAUGGAAACUUGGUUUUUUGAUUUUUUCAUCAGUAUGAAAACUUCAAGCCUCGGUCUCAACUCGGCGUGCAGCGGAGACCACACCCUAGUCGGCUAAAUUUUUUCUCCUCUGGCCAUAGGUCGGUUCUUGACCGUUUCCUGUUCAUCAAACCGCUUCUUCCCAUUAUUAAUUGCUAUUCUUUCUUCUCGUAUUAUUUCUUCGCCUUUUCGUCUUUUUUCUUGUUUACAUAUUUCUCAUUCAAAUCCUAGAUUUUGCUUCAAAAAAUAAAACAAAAUAACUUCUCGAAGAAGCCCUCUAAGUCGUCAAUUUUGUAACCCUGCAAAGGCUGGGCGUUAAUUUAUCAAAAGUCUCUAUCCCUAAUAAAAUUUAUCCAAUUCUGUUGCUUAACUUCAAGAUUUUCUUUCGAAAAAAUGCUUUCUUACAUCAAUUAAUUUUCGGUAGUUCGUAAUGAUUACGGUUUUAGAGUCAAAGUUGAAUGAAAAUAAGAUUUCAAACUUUUGUUUUACUUCAGAAGAGGUACUAAAAUUCCAACAAGGGAGGUCGAUUUACUUUUCGGUGGAAAAAUGCCUGAAAAUCGGACAGAACACUCCUUGAUGAAACAGAAGAAGAUUCUGAAAGUCAACCUGCACAACUAAUUAUUUUUGAGGAAUGAGGGCUAAAAGCCCCAAAACAACCUAUUUUAAAAGUUUUGAUUGUUGUCUUUGUCCUUUCUCAAAAGCUGGGAAGGUUUGCAAAAAAGCUUCAAAUCUAACAUAGAGGUUUGUUAAAAAAAUUUUUUUGAUGUUGUACCAAAUCCUGAAAAAAAACUUUGAAUGUUCAAUUUCUUUUGUUUUUUGAUUGAGACUUUGAGAGACAAUUUUUUACAUACUUUGUAAGAGUUGUUCAGGUUAAGUUUCAGGGUGUCUUCACCGAACACCGAGGUUUUUUCUGUCUAACUUUUGAGAAUUCUGAGUUUUCGAGCGAAAUUAUCUUUCAUGUUGAGGAGGUGACUAUACAGGAGUCGCGUAAGAACAUCCGGAACUGGCAGAAGUGCAAAGAUAAGUCCCCGGCACAAUGCGCCUUUCGCUUGUUUCUAAGCACCCAAAACAUGUUUGCACUCUGCGAGACGUGUUCGACUGUGGAAUGA